AUGGACGCCACGAUGCUGCAGCAGCCCUCUCGCCGCGGCAGUGGUCAGGCAUGCAUAUUCCCACCCCUGCCGGGAGGGCAACCAAGCGACGACGAAGCAAGAACAGCGAGCGUUGACUGGCACGAUGAGAUGGCCGCCACCAGGAACGACAUCAACGCUGCUUGGUGCAUCUUGCUCUAUUUGUACUCCGACACCGACGAAGUCUGCUUCGGGUGCCAACGCAGCGGCGAUGGUGGACGAGCGGCUUCCUCUGUCCUAUCUUACACCAUCCGCGAAUCAGACACGCUGGGAGAAAUCGCCACCGCGUUGAGCAACAGUGAUGGAGUACGGGAGAAGCUAGAUUCUUCUUCCAAUGUCUCUUGGAACACGUCUACGCGGUUCACUGCCCAAUAUGACGACAGAAGCAGCGGCAACCAGCAGGGAGACACCGCGACGGGGUUGCUGAUGCUGCUACCGCUGCUGCCGCCGGGCGUAGAUCUUGCUCUGGAUGUCCUCGAAAACCACGACGGCACCAUCAGCAACUACAGGAUGAUUUAUCGUCCGACGCUCAUGUCCGACGACGAAGCCCAGAACGUCGCGGCGACGUUCAAGCACAUCCUGGCUCUCCUUCACGCGAGCCCCGACCAGCAAGUGGCCACCCUCGACCCCAGCGAGAGAGACGUCGACCACAUCAUGGCUUGGCACCCGUAUCCCGGGACUGGCGACUUGAAUCCGGACGCUCGCCUGGUCCAUGAGGUCUUUCGGGAGCAGGUCCGCAGCCGGCCGAGCUGGGUGGCUAUCGACGCGUGGGACGGCCGGCUGACGUACGCCGAGCUCGACGACGCAUCGGACAGACUGCGGGACAGGCUUCGACAGGCCGGCCUCGCUCCGGGAGACGGCGUGCUCCUCUGUUUCGAAAAGUCGGUGUGGAUGUCCGUGGCGAUGCUGGCCGUGCUGAAGACGGGGGCAUUCUGCUCGAGCCUGGACCCGGACUACCCCGAGCAUCGCGUGACGCAGAUCGCCGAAGCAACAGAGGCGGCCUUCUUGGUGGCUUCUCAAGCUCAGCUGAAGAAGCUGAGGGGUUAUGAGAUAUCGCAGCAACUUGGCCUGGUACAGGUCCCGAGCAACAUCGGGGAUGAACACGAACUUGAUACCAUUCUCCAGAACGAAAGUCGCAGAACGAAACAGAAACAAUACCAACAACAACAAACAAGACCCUCCCCCGACAGCACGGCGUUCGUCGUCUUCACCUCCGGCAGCACGGGGGUGCCCAAGGGCAUCGUCGUCUCCCACGCCAACGUCUGCACCGCCGUCGCCGCGCUCGGGGACGCGUUCGGCGUGGACGGCGCCACGCGGACCGUCCAGUUCGCCGCGCACUCGUGGGACGUGAGCGUGCAGGACUACCUGGGCUCGCUGCUGCGCGGCGCCACGGUGUGCGUCCCCUCGGACAACGAGCGCUGGAACGACCUGGAGGGCUACAUGGUCCGGACGGCGGUGAACUGGGCGCACCUGACGCCGACGGUGGCGCGGACGCUGCGUCCCGAGAGGACGUCCAAGAGCCUGCGGACGCUCCUCCUUGUCGGCGAGCCGAUGGGCGACGCGGACAUCGCCGGCUGGGUCGAGGCCGGGACCCGGGCCUUCAACGUCUACGGGUGUACCGAGGCUACCUGGGUGCAAGUGUCCAGACCCAAGACCGGCGCACAAGUCGGCCGCGGCCACGUCAGCGGGUACGGAAUCAACACGAGGGUCUGGAUCGUCCGGCGAGGGGACCAGGCCCUCAGUCCGGUCGGCUGCAGGGGGGAGAUAUGGCUCGAGGGCCCCAUGGUCACUCAGGGUUAUAUCAACGUUGAUCCGCUCCUUGAACAGAGGAGCUUCCCCAACAGGCCGGACUGGGCGGAAAGGCUUCUUGGACGCACACACGAUGACGGCCAACACAGAUUCUACAGGACGGGCGACCUCGGCCGCCUCUGUGCCGACGGCGCCCUCGAGGUCAUGGGGCGGACCGACACCCAGGCCAAACUCGGCGGCCAGAGACUUGAGCUGUCCGAGGUGGAGCACUACCUGAGGGAGGCUUCGGCGUUCCAAGCCGCUUCGGUCUUUAUACCCAAGGCCGGGCCGUUUGCCGGCAGACUGACGGCUGUUUUGGGUGAUCUGCCUAUGGGAGGAAAUAUCGAAGGUGGUCGUCAUCAUCACCAUCUCCAGCUGUCCAAGGACGAGGAGGACGAAGAGGAGGCCCUUGAGUCGCAGCUGGUGCGCUGCUCUCCACCGGCAGCGGCAGAGAUUGCUACGAAACUGGGCAAAGCCCUACCGAGCUUCAUGGUCCCAGCCGCAUGGAUGAGCAUCUCGCGGUUCCCCAUGACGGCAUCCGGGAAGCUGGCACGCUCUCGGAUUCUAUCCCAGCUGGAAACCAUGGCUGGUGUGUCAUACGACUCUGCUCAAGUCGAUGUAUUAUUACCAGAGACCCCGCCUGGCGAUUCGACACCCGGAGAAGAGGCCUUCAUGCAGCACGUCUGUGCCUCUCUCUUGGGUAUCGAACCGGCCAGCGUCGACCUCGGCAAGUCGUUUGUGUCGCUGGGGGGCGACUCCAUCAGAGCGAUGCAGAUCGUGGCACGGUACCGGGCCGUUGGGAAACGCAUCACGGUCGGACAGCUCUUCAACAGCCGAUGCCUUCUCGAAGUAGCCGCCCAGGUUGAGGGGUUACAAGACGUUUUGGCCGAUAGUAAGAGGGAAUAUGGGACUGAUGAGGAUCAGCAGCCCAGUGAACAACAAGCAGUCAGUGUCAUGCAGGGAUCAGCAGUCCGGCAGCAGAUAGAGCACAUAGGAGAGGCUCUCUUGUCCCUGCCAACCAUCAACAGCCUCGACGACGUGAAAGAUGUGUUCCCGCUGUCCCCGAUGCAGGACUCGCUGGCGCUCAGCCUCGCGCGGCUGGGAGGCCGGUUCUACAUGGACGAGUUUGUCUGGGAGGUUCAAGCGGCGGACGGCUCUCGAAUCGACAUGGACCGUCUCGGACAGGCGUGGGAGGCGGUGGUCGCGCGCCACCAGGCUCUCCGGACGGUGUUUGUCGAGGCCGAGGUCGACGCUGACUCCCUGGACAGGACGAUGACAGGAUCGAGCAUGCCGUUAUAUCAGGUGGUACUCCGACGGAGCCCGGCAAGCUGCCAAAGGGUGCGGGCUAUGAGUGACGACGAUGUACCACACGUUGCGCGGGAGCACCCUCGACUGCUGGAUACCCUGAGCCAUCACCAGCUCAUCCACGCCGGCCUCCCUACGCACAGCAUGUUGAUGGUCUACCACGACGGCGACGGAGACGGUCGCGGCAGAGUCUGGUGCAGGCUCGAGGUGAGCCACCUGGUGGAGGAUGCAAUGUCCAUCCUGCCGCUGCUCCGCGACGUCUCCCUCGCAUACCGGUAUUCCACCGAGGGCCCCGGUCCGGGUUCCGGCAUCGGCUCACUGACGGUUGGUGGCGAGUUCGUGCGGUACAUCCGCAACCGGGAGAGGCACGAAGCAAGCCUGGCGUAUUGGAGCUCGCACUUGGAGGGCGCCCAGCCGUGUCUGUUCCCCAGUCUCGUCGACUCGAGCAGGGAGUCGAAACCGGAGCAUGUAAGUGACGACGUAUCUUCAGGCGGACGACACCAAGAGCAACGCGUCGUACAAGUCGCACUCAACGACACGACGCAUGGCCUGCAGCAGGCGGUGGCCCGUCUGGGCCUCACGCUGCCGACCUUCUUCCAGACGAUCUGGGCGCUGGUCCUCCACAUCUACUCGGGGAAAAUCGACGUGGUCUUUGGCAACGUCGCGUCAGGGCGGGACGUCCCCGUGCCGGACAUCGAGGAGGCCUUUGGGUCCUUCUUGGGUAUCCUGGUCUGUCGAGUGGACCUCGGCCGUGAACGACAGAAAGAUGAUGAUGAUGAUGACGACGCUGGUGUCGAGACGGAAGAGAGCGGCUCGCCGCAUGGCCCGACACUUCUCGGCAUUAUGAAGGAAAUCCAGCGAGCCACGAUCGAGGGGAGCAGCAAUCAGUCAUGUUCCCUCGCGGAGAUGCAGGAGGCGGCCGGUCUCCUCCGCGACAGGAGCUCCAGGGUUCCGCUGUUCAACUCGGGCAUCUCGUGCCGGCCGCUCAUCACGGAGAGCGACCAGGAGGACUUUGCGUUGCGGUUCCGGCAGGUGGAAAGCAGGGAACUGACAGAGAUGGACCUCGCCCUGAUCGUUGAGACGGGCCAAGAUAAAAUGAGCGUCUACCUGCAAUACCAACCAUCGUUCAUGAGCGACGCGGCGGCGGCCAACGUCGCCGAGACGGUCAGCCACCUGGUCACGGAGGCCCUGCUCAACCCCCGGAGGAGCGUCCACGACGUGGGAAAGGUGAGCCCCCGAGACCUCGCGCAGAUAUGGGACUGGAACAGGGAGUGCGUGCCGCCCGGCGAGGAGGUGAUGCACUCCUUCGUGGAAGAGAGGAUGCGGGCGAGCCCCGGACGGCAGGCCGUGUGCAGCUGGGACGGCGACAUGACGUACGGCGAGCUGGACCGCGCCACCGGGUGCGUUGCGCAGUACCUUCGGGACUCGUGCGGCGUCGUGCCGGACGGCGUCGUGCCCAUCUGCUCCGAGAAGUCGAUAUGGGCCGUGGUGGCCAUGCUCGGCGUCAUGAGGGCCGGAGGGUGCUUCGUGAUGCUGGACCCGGGUCAUCCCGACUCGAGGCUGCUCUCCAUCGUCGAGCAGGUCCGUCCGCGCGUGAUGCUGUCUUCGUUGGGGCAGAGGGCUCGCCUGGAACGGUGGGCGAGAGACUUGGAUCUGUCCAAGUCCAAGGAUGACGGCCCUCCCUCUCCUAUAUCAGUGCAAGUUCUGGCCAUCACGGACGACUGGAUCAAGCGGCGGAUGGCCAUGACCGAGAUCUCCGGCCUUGCGAUAUGUAUAUGCCCCGAGGUCCGGCCCCGGCACGCCAUGUACGUCCAGUUCACGUCCGGCACGACGGGGGCGCCCAAGGGGGUCGUCAUCUCGCACCGCAACUUCGCCACGGGCUUCCGGCGCCACUGCGCGGCCACCGAGGUGUGGCCUCACACGCGGGCGCUGCAGUUCUCGGCCUACAGCUUCGACUCGAGCGUCGGGGAGAUUCUCACGACGCUGGCCGUGGGCGGGUGUCUCUGCAGCCCCUCGGAUGAGGACCGCAGCAUGGCCAUCGUCGCCUUCAUCGCGCGCUCCGGCGCCAACUGGGCCGCCUGGACCCCUUCCUUCGCCUCCCUCAUCGACCCGGACGACGUGCCGAGCCUGGACGCCAUGUGCCUGGCCGGCGAGCCGCUGUCGGCGUCGCUCGUCGACCGGUGGGCGGACCGCGUGCGCAUGGUCAACAUCUACGGGCCGAGCGAGUGCAGCAUGGCCUCGACGGUCAACAACCCGGUCACCCGGGACUCUCUCCCGUCCAACAUCGGCCGGGCCCACCGCUCCGUGACGUGGAUCGUCGACGAGGACGACCACGAGCGCCUGCAGCCCAUCGGCGCCGUGGGCGAGCUGCUGAUCGAGGGUCCCGUCGUGGCGGACGCCGGAUACCUCGGCCGCCCGGACGUGACGAGCCGCGUCUUCAUCGGGGCGCCGUCCUGGCUGCGGUCCGGGCCGCACUCCCGCCCCGGCGCGCGCUUGUAUAAGACGGGCGACCUCGUGCGGUACAGCUCGGACGGGAGCAUCAACUACGUCGGCAGAAAGGACACGCAGCUCAAGAUCCACGGACAACGCGUCGAGGUGGGUGAUAUCGAGCAGCACCUGCGCGUGUGCAUGGCCCAGAUCGUUCAAGGUGGAAUAGGAGUGGCCUCGCCUCCUCCUGUUGCCGUCGAGCUGUUGCACAAGCAGGAAGAGCAGCAACACGGAUCGGAGGUGCUGGCGGCCUUUAUUGUUGUUGGCGAUGGCGAUGGUUAUGCCGGCGAGAGCAGGGAUGCUUCGUGUGUCAGCGAUGGGAACAGGAGACAGCAGGACCGGGAUCGAGGCAGAACUUCCCUGGACUUGGUUGCUUCUGACCCCCGGGCCCUGGCCGGGUUCCGGUCUCUCGUCGAGCGGAUCCGACGCUCGACGCUGCCGUUGCCGUCGUACAUGAUACCGCGCAUCUUUGUGCCGCUCAAGACUCUGCCGACCACCACGGCCGGCAAACUGGACCGCCGUGCUCUCCACCGGGUCGCGGCCGACAUGGGCCGGCAGCGUCUCGUCGCCUUUUCCGUUCAGCCCGAGCCGGGAAGCGACAACAGUGGCAGCAGAAGCAGCAGUGAUGCUAUGAUAACCGACACUCGGGCGGAAGAACAACAGAACCCAAGAGACUCCGAGCCCUCCUCGGUGGAAGACAUCGUGACGGGCUUCGUUGCGAGGCUGCUCGGACUGGACACGGUUGGCAUUCAUGACGACUUCUUCAACCUGGGCGGCAACUCGGUGGUGGCCAUCCGGCUGAGUGGCAUGGCACGCAGACACAACCUCGCUUUGAGCGUGGCAGACAUCUUUGAGAAGCCUCGUAUCAUCGACAUGGUGGCCAGGAUCACCAACAUUAACGUCGUCGGGGAAGAUUCUCGUGUCACCGGCAACGGCUCAGUACACCCGCAAAAGGACCAGCAAGACGUGACGCCGCCCCCGUUCCAGCUGCUCUGUAAGAGUAGUGUACUUCCACCAGACACAUCAUCAUCAUCAUCAUCCCUCGACGAGUUCGUCCGCAGCGUUGCCACGGAAUGCGGCAUGGCCGUCGCCGAUAUCGAGGACGUGUUCCCGUGUACGCCCCUCCAGGAGAACUUGAUGGCUAUCUCGACACGCCGGACAACAACGACGACGAGUCUACAGCCGUACGUCACCCAGCAGGCCUUUCUCCUCUCAGAUCGAGUGGACGCGGCGCGCCUGAGAGCAGCCUGGCGGGCCACACUGAGCAAACACGGCUUGCUGCGUAGCCGCAUCGUCUCGACGCCUCGUGGGGGGGUGCUGGUGAUGGCCAAGAAGCCAGAUCCAUCGCAGUGUACCAUUCAUCACCACGCAGGCUCUCUAGAGAGCUACUUGACCGAGCAGCAGACCCAGGUGCGUUUCGACUACGGCGGCCCUCUGAUCCGUGUUGCCUUUGUAUACUGUUCCGAGGCCGAAUCCAGUAACAAGCAUCGAACCACUGGCCGGACCAACGGUGAAAGCCGUGGAUACGUCAUCUUCCGAGCCCAUCACUCCAUCUAUGACGGGUGGUCUCUUCAGUUGAUCUGGGACGAGGUCGCGUCGGUCUACAGUCAACCCCAACCCCAUUCCCACACGUCCAUCAACCGUAACAUGAUCAACAUGGACACGAACAAAGCGACAUCCAGUCCAUCUUUCCAGACCUUCGUGAGCUGGGUACAGCAGGCUACCGGCGAGGAAUCGGAGAAGUUCUGGCGGGAAACACUGGCCGACGCGGACGAGGAAGACAGCAGCACCCUGUUCCCGGCCGUCCCAGCCGGGCAUCAGCCCUUGGCCCGCGCAAAGCUCACCCGUGUGCUUCCUCGACGGCCCCAGACCCCCCGGCACUACUCGGACUCGAGCGUCACGGUGCCCACGCUGGUCCAGGCGGCCUGGGCUCUCGUCCUCGCCCUCUACGGCGGCACGACGUCGGUCACCUUCGGCGCGGUCCUCUCCGGCCGGGACACGCCGAUGCCGGGCAUCGAGCAGCUCGUCGGCCCCACCAUGGCGACCGUGCCGCGUCACUUCCGGGUGCGCCGCGAUCAGAGCAUCGCCGACUUCCUCUCUCACGCCCACCGGACCGGGCUGGCCAGCACGGCACACCAGCACCUCGGGCUCGACGGCAUCCUCCGGCUCGGGCCCGGGCCCCGGGCGGCCUGCGACUUCCGGUCCGUCGUCGUCGUCCAGCCCGCCGAGUACUCGGACUCGCUGUCCGGGGCCCAGGCGAGGAUCGGGAUCCGCAACGUCGACGACGAGGAGCACAACCCGGCCGCCGACGACGCCUUCCACCCGUAUCCCCUCAACGUCGAGUUCUCGCUCUUGCGGGACGGCCGCGUCGCCGUCGAGGUCCGCUUCGACCCGGACUGUGUCGAGGAACACCGCGUGGACAGCAUGGUUCGCUGUUUCGACUCGCUGUGCCGUGGGAUCGGACAGUCUGCUCCAGAUGACACGCUCGCCAGCAUCAUGCAGGAUUUGCAUGAUGACCUUGGAUCGGCAGUGUCGUCCCCGAGUCCGUUCGUACCCUUCACGGAACACUACAGCCGCAUGGGAGACGUGGUCGCCUACCGGGCAGCACGACGACAGGACAGCCCGGCGCUGGUCGCCACGGGAGCCUCGCUGACGUACCGGGAGCUCGAGACCCGGGCCACCCGGCUUGCCCGCCGGCUUCUUGCAAGCAGACACUGUCUUUCGACGGAGGCUGGUGAUGAUGAUGACGGUAGUACGGGGGACAACACAAAAGACCGGUUCGUCGCCAUCUGCAUGCCCAAAUCCCCGCUCGCCGUCGUAGCGAUGCUGGCCAUCUGGAAGGCCGGCGCGGCGUUCACGCCCCUCAACACGUCCCAUCCGCCCUCGCGGCUGACGAGCAUCGUCACCCGGGCCGGAGCCUCGCUUGUUCUCUGCUCGCGCUCCACGAGCACCGUCUUUGAUGGUGUUGAGGGAGUCGAAGUCUGGGUGCUCGAGGAAGAGUCCCUGUCUCUUGACGACGCUUCCGUGGCUGAGGAGGAUGAAGACGAUUACUACGUCCUCCCACAUACUGCACACGCAAACGCUUAUAACAACAACACGAACACGAACAACAACAACAACAACAACACAUCCAUACGCAAAUCACCCCACCCCGACGACGCCGCCUACCUCCUCUUCACCUCGGGAAGCACCGGCGAACCGAAAGGCGUCGUCGUCCAGCACCGGGCCCUCUGCAGCGGCAUGGCCGCCCAGGCGGCGGCCAUCCGGUGCACCUCGGAGACGCGCAUGCUGCAGUGCGCCAACUUCGCCUUUGACGCGUCCAUCCUCGAGAUCUUCGCGCCCCUGAGCGUCGGCGGCUGCGUGUGUCUGCCGGACGACGCCGAGCGCAUGGCGGACCUGGCCGGUUUCAUCCGCCGGCACGACGUCAACGCCUGCACCUUCACGCCGUCCCUGCUGCGCCUCCUCGACCCGGCCGACGUGCCCGGUCUGCGGACCAUCGUCUCGGGGGGCGAGCCGCUGACGAGGACGGACAUUGAAGCCUGGCUCGGCCGUCUUCCGCACGGGGAAGAGCGGCAUAUGUACAACGUCUACGGCGUGACCGAGGCCUGUGUCGUCUCGGCCGCCAUGCCCAUGGCCCUGUCUACCAGCCCGCGGACGGUGGGAUACCCCGUCGGAGCUUCGCUGUGGCUUGUCAGUCCCGUGUCCGGGAUGCUCGCCCCGCCUGGGGCCGUCGGUGAGCUGUUCUUGGAGGGGCCGGCGUUGGCGCGCGGGUAUCAUGAAGACCGGCCAAGGACCCAGACCUCCUUCGUUGACGACCCGGCGUGGCUCGUCGACGGUGUAAGCCGGCCCCGGCCAACACGCGUUUACCGUACCGGCGAUCUGAUGUACCGCAACGGCGACGGGUCGCUGUCGUUCCUCGGGAGAAGAGACGGGCAGGUCAAGAUCCGCGGCCAGCGCGUCGAACCGGACGAGGUUGCCAACAUGAUCCGCGGCUGGAUAUCAUCGCGACGGGCGGCGUCCUCUACACCACUACUCCUUCUCCCCAACGCCGCUGUCACGUCGUUCCGCCCUUCCGACUGCCUCGUGGCCGUCAUCCCCAGCUCACAGCCGCUGCAGAGCGGCGGUGACGGCGAUGAUGAUGAUGUCGAAGAGUACCACCCCGUCUACGACGUCGAGGGUGUGGCGUGUUCUCUGGCGCUGCAUUCUGCCCUGGCAACGUCUGCCGGUCUCGGCAACAAGUCCGGAGCCGCCCUUCACGCCGGCCAACAACGACAACAACAACAACAACAACAACAUUCGGCCUUGUCUCUCGAAGCCGCAGAGCUGGAUGCUUAUUUGCGCCGUCGGAUUCCCGAAGUCAUCGUCCCCAGGGCCUACAUAGCCGUCAACUCCAUGCCCGUCACACCGUCGGGGAAGCUCGACGCGCGCUGGGUCCAUAGGUGUCUCGAGACGCUCGUAGCGAAACACGGACUGGUGUUUCGAGGAUCGGCAACGACAACAUCGUUAUCGUCUACUUCAAUGAUAGAUGCUGGUCCGGGGAUUACAGCAACACACCAUCUGUCGGGGGACGCAAGACUCCUCCAAGAGUGCUGGGCCGAGGUUCUCCGCGUCCACCCGGCCACUCUUAUCGGAGAGGAGGCCGACUUCUUCCACAUGGGAGGCAGCUCCGUCACCGCCAUCCGCCUCAUCAGUCUGCUGCGCAGCCGUGGACGACUACUAACUUACGAGGCCGUGGUGAUGCACUCCCAGCUGGGCGACAUGGCAGCCACUCUGAUGCCGCUGGGAGGGGAGCAGCUCUUGUCACAACAGAAUGGUGAACAUCUCGGAGUCCCCCGUCCUUUUGAGAUGGUUGGAGGGGACGGGGCAAAGCUCGACUCGAUUCUGGACGAACUGAUGCUACAAUACGGCAUAGACCGAGCCCGGGUAUGCGACGUCUACCCUUGCACUCCGAUGCAAGAGGCCUUCAUGGCCAUGAGCGUCAUGCACCAGGGAGCGUACGUCUCCUUCCAGACACUCGAGGUCCCGGCCGGGCAAUUCACAAACUUUCAAUCGGCGUGGCACUCGAUCCACCAGCGCCACGAGCUGCUCCGGACUCGCAUCGUGCCCUGGCUCGGCGGCGAGGAUGAAGCCACCAACUUGCAGGGCCCGCUCCCUUCUCCCAGCACAGCCUUGCAGGUCGUUAUCGCUCCCAAGUAUGAAACACAAGAUGCGUAUUGGCGACGGGCUCCAGAUGUGGACAGCUUCGUCCGCGAUGUCAACGAGAGUCACGGGUAUGGUGAGCGGCUGGUCAAACUGGCCUGGGUGAUGGCGGAGGAGGAGGAGGGGGGAGACGAGAAAACGGUCCAAGUCAUCAUUGCCGCACACCACGCCGUCUACGAUGGUUUCUCCAUGGCCAUGCUCUGGCAGGAGUUGGGAGUCGAGAUGGAAACCCUCGGAAAACGCACCUACAGCAGCACCGCCGGGGGAGUUGUCGAUGCUUCAGUCGCGCCGAGGAGACCGCCUUUCAGCACUUAUAUCCGGCACUUGUGCCUCCUGAGCCAGACUGACGAGCCAAUGGUCUUCUGGAGGGAGACGCUUCGCGGGGCCUCGGAUGGCAAACUUUUCCCGAUGGUGUCAUCCCCCGUUUCCUUGUCAUCGUCGGCGCCGGACUCGGACCCGGACCCGGACCCGGAAGACCGGCGGCCGGCGGCGUCAUCCACCCGGAGCGGAACAGCCGUCCUCGGCAACAACAAAUCCCGGUCCAAAUUCCGGCUCGUCGACCUGGCCCACGCCGCCUGGGCCCUCACCGUCUCGCACUACACCGCCAACCCAGACGUCGUCUUCGGCGUCAUCUCGUCCGGCCGCGAGUCCAUCGCCGGGUUGCCCGAUCUGGACCCGGCCGUGCUCGCCGGGCCGACGAUGGCAUCCGCGCCCCUGCGGCUGCACGUCGACUACGCACGGCCGACGCACGAUUACCUCGACGAUGUGCGGCAGAAGGGGCUUGACCUGGCGCGCUUUGCCCACGUUGGCCUCCAGCGCAUCUCCCAGGCCAGCUCGGACGCCCGUCGUGCGUGCCGCUUCGAGAGCAUCGUCGUCGUGCAGCCUGCGUCGCCGUCUCUGUCUAUUUCACCCUCAGAAGCUGUCUCUGAAGACGCCGUCGAUGUCGAGAAAUUCCUGUCCGGCAUCAAACAAGUACAAACACCCGCCAUGUAUCCCCACCCCCUGAUGGUGGAAUGCGUGCCGCUGCCACCGAACGACGCCGGGCACCGAGAGGUCCGCGUCAACCUCGGCUACGAUCCGCGCAUGGUCGCUCACGAGCUCGCGCACCGGGUUCUGCUGACGUUCACCGGGAUCAUGUCUCAGCUUGCAAGAGACGACGCCAUGGAUGUGCCCCUUAGCAACCUGCGAGGCUUGUCAGCCGAAGACGAGGCUCUUCUCCUGGAACGCGCAAGACUCCACACGCCUAAGUCAGUCGAGGCGUGUGUUCAUGACUUGGUCCGCCGCCAGACGGACUUACACGCCAACGAUGUAGCGGUCGAUGCAUGGGACGGGGCCUUGACCUACGCCGAGCUGACGGCGGCGUCUGUACGCCUCGCGAGCAGGCUGAGGGACAAGUUCGGAGACUGCCGCGGCCGAGCAUUCCCGAUACUGUGCCGCAAGUCGAAUGGUACUGGUAUUCGGUGUGUAGACAUGGAGCGGUGUCAAGGUAACCCAGAAGAGGAAGGAGAAACGCCAGACCACGACCCUAACCCUAACCCUACAUCUUCAUCGACACCAACACCAUCAGAUCUGGCGUACAUCUUGUUCACGUCCGGCAGCACCGGGACUCCCAAGGGCGUCAUGGUCGAGCACAGGUCGCUCAGUUCGUCGCUCGUGGCCCUGGGGAGCAGCCACGACAUGACGCCGGCCACGCGCACGAUGCAGUUCGCCUCGUACGCCUUCGACGCCAUGCUGGUCGAGAUUUGGAGCACCUUGGCCUUUGGCGGCUGCGUGUGCGUCCCGUCGGACCAGCAGAGGAUGAACGACAUCACCGGCUUCAUCACCACUGCCCGCGUGAACCACCUCUUCUGCACGCCGUCCCUGUCUCGGACGAUCCCACCGGACGCCGUGAUGCCGUGGCCGCUCCAGAAGGUGAGUCUCGGCGGCGAGGCCAUGUCCCAAGGCGACGUGGACCGUUGGUGUUCGCGUGGUGCUUGGCUGUCCAACGGCUACGGACCGACCGAGGCUUGCAUCGCGUCGACGGUGCAGGUCAUGACCCAAGCCACUCCCAUCGGCACCGUGGGCUUCCCUCUGGACAGUUGUAGACUCUGGGUUGUCAACCCGCUCAAGCAGCAGCAGCAGCAACAAGAUGAUCAAGAAUAUCAUCCCGGCCAAUACGAGCUGGCACCCAUCGGAGCCAUCGGCGAGCUGUACAUCGAGGGCGUCAACGUGGCCCGCGGCUACCUCCACGACGACGCCAAAACAGCCGCCGCCUUCUUGGAGAGGCCGCCCUGGCUCGAUGGGCGGCGGAUCGAAGACAGCGACGGCACCACGCCCGAUGACGAGAAGCAUCACAGGGUGUACCGCACCGGCGACUUGGCGUACUACAACCCCGACGGGAGCUUGCGUCUGGUGGGCCGCAAGGACGCGCAGGUCAAGCUGCGCGGCCAGAGGGUCGAGCUUGGCGAGAUCGAGGAGGCCAUCCGUCAACGCAUCCCGCCGUCCAUCACGGUGGCCGUCAGAUCGUUUGAGACUGCCGGCCAUGGUGACAACAGGGAGGAGGAUGAUGAUGAUGACGAUGGCACCGGACGCUUUUCUGACAGCGUGACAAAGGCCCAUCCUCGGUCGUCCAUGUUGCUGGCCGCUUUCGGGGUCGGUGCAAGUCCCGGCGAUGAUGAUGAUGCCGCCGGGGAACAACGAGGCACGUCUGUGGUUAAGGACUCAGACACGCUGCUGGCCAUGCGUGAGAUGAUCUCCCGUCUGCAACAAGACCUCCGGGCGGUUCUGCCAACGUACAUGGUGCCCGAUGGCUAUGUGCCUCUCCAGUCACUGCCCUUCAACAGCUCGGGCAAGCUGGACGAGAGGGCCUUGCGGGAGUGCAUCGGCUCGCUGACCCCUGACUUGAUCGCCUCCUUCUCGUCAACAUCUUCCGGCUUCCCUUCUUCUUCUUCAGACGCGACGCUGUCAGAGGACGGGCCGCUGUCGAAGCACGAAGCGCUCCUCGCCGGCCUCUGGAUGCGUCUCCUCUCUGCGUAUUCCACCCCCGAAGAGAGCAGCAGCAGCAACAGCAACAACAAAAACACCACCACCACAAGAACCACGUUGAGGCGGGGAGAUGACUUCUUCAAGUUGGGCGGCGACUCCAUCACGGCCAUGAGACUGGUUGCCCUGGCGCGGCGGUACGAUCUCGGGCUCACUUGGCGAGACAUUGUCACCAAUCCCACGCUGUCCGCGAUGGCGGGUGCCAUGAGAGUCAACACAAGCACAAACGACGACGAGUCGAUUCUUGCAGAGACGUACCACGGAGCUGCUGCUGACGAAUGGAAGGCCGAGGCGUUCAAGGCCGUCCACGACGCACGAUGCCUCCCGGCCGGGGUAGACCUCGUCGACGUUCUCCCUCCGACACCCGUUCAGGAGGACUUCAUGAACGCCACAGUAUCGUUCCCCGGCGCCCACGUCUCGAGCCUCGUCUUCACCCUCGACGACCCAUCUCUGGACGUGGCCCGGCUGCAGUCGGCCUUUGACCGCUGUGCCGUCUGGUUCCCGAUUCUCCGUACCCGCCUCGUCCGGGUGUCCAUGCCGCCGCGGCCCCGUGUUGGCGCGACGUCUGACGACGACAUUGGGCACGACGUGUUGGUACAGAUCGUCGUUGCAGAGCCGCCGGCCUGGACAAUCACGUCUUCCGGAUCACUAGAGGAAGCACUCGAGGCGGAAGCGAGAACGCCGCCCGGCCUGGGACAGGCCCUCUCACGACUCCGCGUGGUACUACAACAGCCGGACUCGGGUGAAGACAACACAUGCGGAGGAGGACGUCCCACGCACCUCAUCUGGACGCAACAUCACUCUUCCUACGAUGGAUGGAGUGUGCGGCUGCUUCUCGAGCACGUCGUCAAGGCCUACGUCGACGAGGCAUAUCAGCCGCCGCUGCUGAGCGACCACCUUACCUUCUCCGCGUUCGCCACCCAUGUCCGCCGCCUCAACCAGUUGACGUCGUCGCUGGCGUUCUGGUCGGCGUAUCUCGAGGGCGCCAGGCCGCGUUCCCUCUUCAACUACGACCGUGUGGCCGACCCGCGCAGGUCACAGACGAUGAAGCGUCGAGUACCGCUGCCAGCGUGCGAGAAACGAGAGGGCAGCACCGUGACAACCGCGACGUACAUCGUCGCGGCGUGGGCCACGGUGGUCGGCCGUCUGACCUCUUUACCGCAUGAUGUCACGCUGGGAUACACUCUGAGCGGGCGCGCGGGACCGCUCGCGGGGAUCGAGGGCACCGUUGGCCCGGUGCUGAACAAGAUCCCCCUGCGCAUCCGCGUUGCAGAAGACGAGGGGGAGAAGGCAACUGCCAAGCCGCCGGCCUUCUCGGCCGUCGUCGAGGCGACGCAGAAGGCCCUCUUGCUGGUGUCGGAUCGUGCAGACCGUCCUCGAGACCUCGAAGGCCACGUCCCCGGGAACGUCAAGAACCUCCCCCUGGAUCUUGUCGUGCACCCACGGGGCACUUCCGGGGGCGUGGAUCUGCUGCCGGGGGCCUCCAUCGGCUUGCGGGCGUCUAGGGCGCGACUGGCGGCUCCCGCGCCGGGGGCCUUUAGCGUCGAGGUGGCCAUCUCGGACGACGGGAUCGAAGUCGUCGCGCUGUGGGAUGAACGGGCGGUUACAAGGGAGGUGGUCGACGACACGGUGGAUGAUUUUGCGGCUUUGCUUGUGGGAUGA